AUGUUGUGUUCGACGAAGUUAUUAGAUGCGAGGAAGCAGUAUACUGCGUUUCGGAGACAAGAUGUAAAUACUUUUAAAGGUAUGGAUUCGAGUGUUAUGGGGCGGAAAUUUGAAGGAUCAUUAUUGUUGCCUUUCUUGUGGAUUAGUAAUAAUAAUAAUAAUAAUAAUAAUAAUAAUAAUAAUAAUAAUAAUAAUAAUAAUAAUAAUAAUAAUAAUAAUAAUAAUAAUAAUAAUAAUAAUAAUAAUAAUAAUAAAAUAAUAAUAAUAAUAAUAAUAAUAAUGUAAAUUAACAUGAUUUUUAUCACAAAGAAAACCAGCGCCACGGUUUAGUGGUUUCCUUUGUCUUUUCCUCAUGAAUUAUGAAUGAGUUUUUAAAGGUUACUAUAAUGCACUGUUUAUACUAGUGUCUGUUGAAGUCGUAGUGAAAUCUAUUUGAGCUGUUAAUAAAUUAAAGUUAAAUUACCAUAUCAUUGGUGAAUUCAAGGUAAACCACCAGACGGCGCAAGGAAUUUAUUUGAAUAAUUAUUGAUGCUACAUGCAGAUAUGAUUAUAAUUAGCACAGGUGUAUAUACUGAAGAUAGCUACGGUGUGCGCAUGAAACUGUAUGUACUUGGAUGAAUUACAUCUAAUUGUUGUCUUUCUUUGACUAUACAUAGAGCUGUGUUUUCAACAAGAAUUACGACAACAGUUCACUCCGUGUGUUUUACGAAGGAACCCUGCGUUCUCGUGGCACUGGUGUUUGCAAUCGAUGGUAUUUCACAUUUGAUGGUGCAGAAUGCGCAAAACCAGCGACUAUUGAAGGAGUUGUUUACGUCCGUUCGACCCAACUCGAUCCCCAUCGUCACCGCCAUAUUGAAGGCUACUGUAACCUGGUUCCUAAAGGUCAUGUACGUGUGGGAUUUUGGAUUGGCAAGUGUCCGAGUGGUCAUAGACUUGGAAGUGGUCGGACUGGUUGGGGUUCCAUGUCUCGUAUUGUGAUUGAAGAAGUACCACCUCCUCAAGAGUAA